UAGUUUCCCCCCUAUCAAAUUUCCCGUUUCAUCCCCAUACCAGCCUCAUACCAGCUGGAGUACCGUGGAGUCCCAAAAUGUGGCCAGAGACUGGCUUCAAGCGCUUGGUGAUCGCUGAUUCUGCAGCCGCUCCACGAUCGCUGCCAACCCUCUUCGGUUCGAGGCCGAGAGAUGGUGCAUCAUCAGAAGUCCGAAGAUCCGGCCGCCAUCGCCGGUCUGAUGAAGCUGCUCAAGCAGCCCGCGUCUCAGACCGUUCGCAGCGAGUCUAUGACCUGGCUGGUGCCCGGCAACAGUUCUCCGAUCUGGAGUCGAAGACUGAGAUAUAACCUCGAGGGCCGCCCGCGCCAUCAGAGCGACACCCGCUGGCGGGAAUUCGACGUGGAGAUCGAGAAUCGCCUCUGGUCGAUGUGGGGCGGACUGCAUCCGCGGGCCCCCUGGUUCGAUAGCAGGGUGCGGGGUCGCCAGUCCCUGGGCUGCUACGUCGUGGCCUGCUGUGCAGCCAGCAUCUUCCGGCGGCUCGGCGACUGGACCAGCAAGCUCUUGGACGCGAUUGUCGUGAACGGGGACAAAUACUACCGGGCCAGUGUGGAGUACAGCCAGCGGUGGGACCAGAACCUCGGUCCCGACGAGAUGUCCGUCCAGUGCGACUUCCAGGACAUCCACUUCCUAGUGCAGAUGGAGCUGGUGGCCUUCGGGCAUGUCUACAGCGCCCCGGCCAGCUCCUCCAUGAGUCUCCUGGAGGCUCUCAGCUACUUCUUUACGCGCUUCCAAUGGGGCAUCCUCGAGUGCCAAGAGCGGCGCCUCGCCUUCGGCUUUAGCUCCAGCCACGACGGCGGCUACUUUCUCUACGACUGCUCCGAGUGGGACAAGCCGAUCUUCCCUGACGGCAUGGGUGCUUCGUAUUUGCUGCGGGCCAGACAACUCAUGGUCCUGCUCUACUGCAUGGUCGUCACCCUCAAUUUGCGCUGCAAGAAGGUCGGCUUUCGGCUCUACAACGUGGACAUGGUGCGACUUCCCAGCAGAAACGGCAGCAGCAGUAGUGGUGCCCGAAAGGACAACGAGGAGGCAGAGGCAAAGCCGACUUAAUGGUGGGGCACUGGGCCACAAGUUCUUGAAGGUGGUGCCUCCAACUUCCCCCCACCCCACCCCAUCCCUCACACGAUCUGGACAAGCAACCAACUGACUCAGAAAACCAGUUCCAUUUCAAAAUCAAAACAAAAGCUUUUCGUAUUCCUUUUUGGUUGGCGAGAAAUUCAAAAAAUAAAACAGAA